GCGCUGUCUGCAGCCACGUGACACAUUUCCAACAUAUGUUGAAGCAACAUAAAAUAGGUUAACAAUACUGUUUUAUGCGUCAGAGGUCAAGAUCAUUUAAUAUAAUUUUCCAAGUUUGGAGCUCAUGCGACCGGCGGUGAAAGUGGCGAAUACGAGCACUCGGGCAGCGGCGCGAGACGGACGCGGGCGUGCUAGCGGGCCCGACGUGGCGGAAGCGAAUUGAAAAAUAUCUCGCUGUGGUUGCAAUACGGGUCGCAUAUGUUGCAUUCGCGGUCCGCGCAGCGCGAUCACAGUGACAUGAAACUACCGUAAAUAAACGCUUCGUGCUCUUAGUGUCGAAUCCGGUCGUGUUUUGUUUUUAUCAAACAUGUUAAAUAGUAAAGACGGACGCAAUAGGUAGGAAAUAGUGAUGGCUAGCAGCGGAGGAGUUGAGCCGGCGAGCCUGGAGUACAUGGAGGACCCGUACUUCUUGCCGCCGGACGACGACUCGACGCCGAGCUUCGACGUGGCCGUGGACGAGCUGGACGAGCUGGAGGAGCGCGCCUGGCCGCAGGACGACCUGGACGCGUCCUGGCGCGCGCUCCCGGACCUCGCCGACGCAGCACUCUGCAUUGAAACUGAAUUCUAUAUGGACAAUCGACGCAGAAGGCUUCGCAUAUUUAAGAAGAAAAUGCGUGAAGUUAGAGUCACCUUCCAAGAUUUAUCUAAGCCAUAUCUUGCCAAAGUGUCCAGCCACACGAAUUAUAAAAAGUUUUUAGGUAUCACACCGGGAGCUGAAGAAGCGGUACCCGGCGCGGGCGCCGGCGGCGACACGCAGACUCCCGACGAGCUGGCCGGGCUCACGCCCGAGCAGGCCGAGCAGCUCCGCGCGGAGUGGAGCCGCGAGCUCGCGCGUGUUGACGAUGAGAUCGCCACCCUGCGCACCGUGCUCAACAGCAAGAUGCGUCAAAGUUCCGAACUUAAAAGAAAGCUCGGCAUCACAGUGUGGAAGGAGAUCACUGAAGACGUCAAUCAGGGUUUUAAAAAUGUGAAAGAAAGCCAAGUCUAUCAAUCAAUAGAAACUCGCGUGGCAGCGCUUACUCAGGCUGUGACUGAAGCACCAAUAUACCAAAAAACGGAAUCUGUGAUAAAAUCGACGGCGGAGAAGACGACCUCGAUCCUGGGCGGCAUCACCGCCGGCGUGUCCACCAAGCUCGGCCAGAUGCGCAACUCCGAGUCCUUCCGCUCCAUCGAGGAGCGCGUCGGCUCCGCCUACGAGAACGUUAAGGGCAAGGUAGCGUCCCGGUCGAACUCGACGCAGAGCUUCGACGAGGCGCUGCGCGACGCCAGCCGCGCGGCCAGCGGCGCCACCUCGCCGACCAUCCCCGAGAACAAGCCGCUGCCCUAGUGCACCACACCGGGGACCGCUCCUACCGACUACAGGCGACUCACCGAGGGCCGGGUGCACCGACCACUAGCGAACUGAUCGACGUCCCUCAACAGUCAACUAUCAAACCUUCCAGAGAACGAUCGAACGCUCAGUGUACUGACCUUACUCGACCACGUUCAGCGACGCGAUUGGAAUGUUGAACUGCAUAGACGCAUUUUAACCGUUUUGGAUUCUUUGGACCCCAGCUCUAAAAUUACGGCAUCGGCCCCUUAGUUACGGAAAAGUUUAUAAAUAUUGAAUAUUAUACCUGUACGUUGUCUCAGCAAGUGUGAUUUGUUUUUGCAGUUAGUUGACACUCGGGGUAGUCCGGACACGCUUCACGUAAUCUUUCUUAAAAUGCUUGCACUUUAAGUUAACACUUAAGUAAGUCAUUGGCUUUAUGACAUUUUUGAGUAUUUUAUGAUAAUUGGCAAUCGAGUAUUCUAAUAUUUGUGCAUUAUUUAUUGUGUCGCCGCCGGAUGGGCAGUAGCGAAACUUAUUUGAUUAUUUCGAACCCCAUUAUUACUCGUGUUACGUUAUUUAUAUUAGAAUUAUUGUACGUACUUAAUGGGGGAUCAGUGUUACGCUACGAGGUGUUUUAUUAAAGUGAUAGACGUCGAGUACUAUUUAGUUUUGUUAGUAAUCUUUUAGCCCAUGACUAAUAGUUGUAUCAAUGAUUAGGAAAUAUUAUCAGUUAGGGGAACGUAUGCUCUUUUAACGUCUGUUUCACCAAUUUAUUACGUGCUUUCUAGAUGUUCCCUCCUUGCAAGUUUAUGUCGGAUUGGAUUACAAUAAGUUGGGCAUAUGCAUGUAGUGAGUGAACGUUGGACUCGUCAAGACUGCUUGAUGGCCUCUAAGCACUUAAAAGGGAACUUCACUAUAUAUUUGUGUCUAAAAUGCAUUCCACUGAAAGUUACUCAUUUAUAAAGUGUCUAUUUAAUGUUUUUAAUGUUAAAAUUUGGGGUGUGACGAUGUAAACUAAUUCAAUAAACGUUGGUACGCUAAUGAAGGAUCACAAUAGUAUAAUAAAUAAUAAUGCCUGUUGAACUACAACACGACCUCGCCGAUGUCUCUUAGGUCCUGUUGAUAUUGAAUAAAAUAUUUUUGUAAGAUGCUUAGCUUUCCUUUACUUAUAAAAUAUUUUCACUAUUUACAUCAAAUACCUUAUGAAUGGUAAAUAAAAAUUAUGUAUAAAA